AUGCCUUCAAUCCCCAAGGACCGGAUCAGUGGCCUGCCCACAACCUUUGUGGCCAAGCGCUUCCAGCUCUGGGCUCUAGGAUUCUUCUGCACCGAGCGUCACUUGGCCAAGCGCCUCAAAAACAACAGCUUUUACCCCUUCCAGCAGCAACAGCCUGAUGUCUUCGUGCUGGAGUACUACCUGGACUCACUCUGGAAGGGGGCACUGCUCUUCAUCAUCUGCAUUCUUCGGAUCCUCUGGGACACCCUGAGAAAGGAUCCUAAACCGGAACUCUGGUGUUUCUUUGGAUAUGGCAUGUGUGUAGGCCUGUGGCUCAUGAUCUCCUCCUUGCCCCGACGCCGUCUUGUGCUAAACCACACGCGUGGCAUGUACCAUUUCUCCAUCCGUGGUCGCACUGUGUGUCAGGGGCCCAUGCACCUGGUCUACGUGCGCCUGGCGUUCAGCUCCGAUGCCUAUGGAAGGUGCUUCUAUCAGCUGGUUCUUUGUGGCCACAAGCUGGAGCCGCUGGUGCUGGUACAGUUGUCAGAGCAUUAUGAGCAGAUGGAAUUCCUGGGCCGGCAUAUGGCCCGGAAACUCAACAUCAACUACUUUGACUACCUGGCCUCCUCCUACCGUCAUGUGGUCCGGCACUGGCCCAUGGGUGCCACCUAUAACCCUGGCAUCGUGCAGAGGAAGACACGCACCUACAACAAGCCAAGUGUCUCUGACCUGGAUGUGUGA